AUGGCCAGGCAGGACCCGCGUGGGCUGGCCCGGGAGCAGCAGCAAACGCCGGCGUCGGGGCGCAGCGCGGGAGGCCGCUGCCCGCCUAGCCCGGGCGUGGGGGCGGGGCCAGGAGGGGGCGGUGGCCCCGGGCCAGUCCUCAGGGACAGUGCGCCCCGCCCCGAGCCAGACGCCCCACCCCCGGCCGACCGGCGCGCCCGGGGCGCCCUAGCCGGUGCUCCGCCCCACCUGUUCAGCCCCACCUGUGCCCGUGCCCACGUGCUGGCCCCCAUGCCCACGCACUCUGCCCCACCUGUCCGGCCCCACCUGCAGCCACGAGCCCGCCCCCACGCCCACCUGCUCUGCCCACAGCAGGGCGCCCAGCUGAGCCCUGGAGGAGGAAAGGACCCUAUGCAGGGUGCACAGGGUGCACAGGGCACCCGCCCCGGGCCGACGGCCGACAGGUGGGGGCCAGGCCUGUGCCGGGGCGAGAUCCAGUUCGGAGGGUGCGGGAAGAACCGAGGCAGGUUCGUGAGGGUGCCGAGCGACGUGGCCCCCGCCGCGCUCUUCAACCUGCUGAGGGCCGAGUGGCACCUGCCGGCCCCCAACCUGGUGGUGUCCCUGGUGGGCACGGAGCGGCCCCUGGCCAUGAGGCCGCGGCUGCGCGACGUCCUGCGCAAGGGGCUGGUGACGGCUGCACAGAGCACCGGCGCCUGGAUCCUGACCAGCGCGCUCCGGACCGGCCUCGCCCACUACGUGGGGCAGGCCGUGCGUGACCACGCGCUGGCCAGCACGUCUGCCAAGGCCCGCGUGGUGGCCAUUGGCCUCGCCUCCCUGGGCCGAGUGCUGCACCGCCAGCUUCUGGACGACGCCCCGGAGCGCAGCCCCGUCCACUACCCCACGGACGACAGUGGCGGCCGGGGCCCCCUCUGCACCCUGGACAAUAACCACUCGCACUUCGUCCUGGUGGAGCCGGACGCCCCCGGGGAUGGGGACGGGCUGACCGCGCUGUGGCUGCGGCUGGAGAAGCACAUCUCGGAGCAGAGGACCGGCUAUGGGGGCACCGGCAGCAUCGAGAUUCCCGUCCUGUGUCUGCUGGUCAAUGGGGACCCCGGCGUCCUGGAGAGGAUCUCCAGGGCCCUGGCGCUCGCCACCCCGUGGCUGAUCCUGGCCGGCUCGGGGGGCGUGGCGGACAUGCUGACCGCCCUGCUGGGCCACCCGAGGCCCCUGCCGCCCCAGGCCGUGGAGCGGCAGCUCAGAGAGAAGUUCCCCAGCGAGCACUUCCCCUGGGAGGACGUGCUGCACUGGACGGAGCUGCUGCAGAGCAUCACCGCCCACCCGCACCUGCUCACCGUGCACGACUUCGAGCAGGAGGGCUCCGGGGAGCUGGACACCGUCAUCCUCAAGGCGCUGGUGAAAGCCUGCAAGAGCCACAGCCAGGAGCCCCAGGACUACCUGGACGAGCUCAAGCUGGCGGUGGCCUGGGACCACGUGGAUAUCGCCAAGAGCGAGAUCUUCAACGGGGACGUGGAGUGGAAGUCCCGCGACCUGGAGGAGGUGAUGAUGGAUGCGCUGGUGAGCGACAAGCCGGAGUUCGUCCGCCUCUUCGUGGACCAGGGCGCCGACGUGGCCGACUUCCUGACCUACGGGCGGCUGCAGCAGCUGUACCGGGCCGUGCCCCCCAAGAGCCUGCUCUUCACGCUGCUGCAGCGCAAGCUGGAGGAGGGCCGCCCGGCGCCGCCCGCCCGGGGGGGGCCGCCGCCCGAGGGGCCGCCCGCCUUCUCGCUGCACGAGGUGUCCCGCGUGCUCAAGGACCUCCUGCACGACGCCUGCCGCGGGCUCUACCAGGAGAGGGGGCCGGCCCGGCGGCCCGCCGGCCAGAAGUGGCUGCCGGACCUCAACCGGAAGAGCGAGAACCCGUGGCGGGACCUGUUCCUGUGGGCCGUGCUGCAGGGCCGCCACCAGAUGGCCGCCUACUUCUGGGCCAUGGGCCAGGAGGGCGUGGCCACCGCUCUGGUCGCCUGCAAGAUCCUCAGGGAGAUGUCCCACCUGGAGACGGAGGCCAAGGUGGACCUCACAGCCCGCCGGGCGGCGUAUGAGCAGCUGGCCCUGGGCCUCUUCUCCGAGUGCUACAGCAACAGCGAGGACCGCGCCUUCGCCCUGCUGGUGCGCCGCAGCCGCGCCUGGGGCCGGGCCACCUGCCUGCACCUGGCCGCCGAGGCCGACACCAAGGCCUUCUUCGCCCACGAAGGGGUGCAGGCCUUCCUGACCAAGAUCUGGUGGGGGGACAUGGCUGCCGGCACGUCCAUCCUGCGGCUGCUGGGGGCCUUCCUCUGCCCCCCCCUCCUCUACACCAACCUCAUCACCUUCAGUGAGGAGGCCCCGGUGCAGGGGGGCCGGGAGGACCUGCAGGAGCUGGACAGCCUGGACUCGGAGCGGAGCCUGCUCUGCAGGGCGGAGCCGCCGGCCGCGGCUCGGAGCAGCCGGGGCGGGCGCGGGCCCCGGGCAGCCUUCCUGCUGGCGCGCUGGCAGCGGUUCUGGGGCGCUCCGGUGACCGUGUUCCUGGGGAACGUGCUCAUGUACUUCGCCUUCCUCUUCCUCUUCGCCUACGUCCUGCUGGUGGGCUUCCGGCCGCCGCCCCAGGGGCCCUCGGGGCCCGAGGUCGCCCUGUACUUCUGGGUCUUCACCCUGGUGCUGGAGGAGGUCCGCCAGGGCUUCUUCACGGACGAGGACACGCACCUGGGGAAGAAGUUCGCGCUCUACGUGGGGGACAACUGGAACAAGUGCGACAUGGCGGCCAUCUUCCUGUUCGUCGUGGGGGUCGCCUGCAGGAUGCUGCCCGCGGUGUUCGAGGCCGGCCGCGCGGUCCUGGCCGUGGACUUCAUGGUGUUCACGCUCCGCCUCAUCCACAUCUUCGCCGUGCACAAGCAGCUGGGCCCCAAGAUCAUCAUCGUGGAGCGGAUGAUGAAGGACGUCUUCUUCUUCCUCUUCUUCCUGAGCGUGUGGCUGGUGGCCUACGGCGUGGCGACCCAGGCGCUGCUGCACCCGCACGACAGCCGCCUGGACUGGCUGUUCCGCCGCGUGCUCUACCGGCCCUACCUGCAGAUCUUCGGGCAGAUCCCACUGGACGAGCUCGACGAGGCCCGUGUGAACUGCUCGGUGCACCCACUGAUGCUGGGGGACUCGCCCUCCUGCCCCAACCUCUACGCCAACUGGCUGGUCAUCCUCCUGCUGGUCACCUUCCUGCUGGUCACCAACGUGCUGCUCAUGAACCUGCUCAUCGCCAUGUUCAGCUACACGUUCCAGAUGGUGCAGGGCAACGCGGACACCUUCUGGCGGUCCCAGCGCUUCCACCUCAUCGCCGAGUACCAGGAGCGCCCCGCCCUGGCCCCGCCCUUCAUCCUGCUCAGCCACCUGAGCCAGGUGCUCCGGAGGGUCUUCCGGAAGGAGGCCAGGCGGAAGCGGGCACGCCUGGAGAGAGACCUGCCAGAGCCGCUGGAGCAGAAGAUGGUCACCUGGGAGGCGGUGCAGAAGGAGAGCUACCUGAGCAAGCUGGAGAAGCAGAAGAGGGACAGCGAGGGGGAGGUUCUGCGGAGGACCGCCCACAGGGUGGACAUCAUAGCCCAGCACCUCGGGGGGCUUCGAGAGCAGGAGAGGCGCAUCCGGGGCCUGGAGUCACAGGUGGAUCACUGCGCGGCGCUCCUGUCCUCCCUGGCAGACCGGCUGGCCCCGGGCACCGCCCUCCGCAAUGCCCGGCACUCUGGCACCAGGAACCCGCAGGCCCCUGCCCAGCACGGAGCGGGCCCAGGGAGCAGGGAGCCCCCACAGGCGGGCCCACUGGCCUCGGACACCUGAGACGCCAGUCUGUGGACACAUGGCGCCCCCUCUCCCAGAGCCCGUAGUGUGGCCCCCGGGCCCUGACCGGGGUGGGCGGGGGACCAUGGCCCUUGGCUGGUCACCCCAGAGCCGACCACCACCACUGCCCCCUGCUGCCACUGCGGCCUUGGCAGAGGGACCCCU